UUUUACUUUUCUGCAAUUUAGCACAUUUUUACCACGACAAGGGUAAUUUAGGAAACACAGAGCACCGGCAACCGGCAGGCAGCUCACCAAAGGCAAUUCCCAUAAACACCAUGUCGUUUUCCGUUAAUUCUUAUCUCCAAACAAACUUCAACAUUCACCUCAACAACUACCAAGCCGGCAACAACGCUCACCAUCACGCCGGUGACGGAAAUUCCAACCACAGCCAAUCAAUUCCUCUCCACGUGUCCUUCUUCUAUACCCCCACCUUCUCCUUCUCCGUCAAUCCCCACUUUUCCCCGUCAACCUUUUUUUUUCUUUCACUUUCUUUUAUAUAUAUAAACGCACUUCUUUUUUCUUUUGUUUUCUCUCUAAAAGGAAAAGAAAAAUUAAUCAGAUCUGAGCCGUUGAUUUAUUUUUGUGCGUUGAAUAAUGGACGAUGAUGAUGAUAUGGAGAUCCAGUCACAGUCGCAGACGUCGCCGUCUCCGUCAAACGGAAGAAUCACCGUGACAGUAGCGGCCGCAGCCGUGGCGGAGCCGCAGCAGCAACAGCAGCAGAAGAACAAUCUGGCGGUGAUUCCGUUUCAGAUCCAGCAACAACCACCGAAGAGCAACGGCGGAGGAAGGGAGGAUUGUUGGAGCGAAGGAGCGACAGGGGUGUUGAUAGAUGCGUGGGGAGAGAGAUAUUUAGAGCUGAGUAGAGGCAAUUUGAAGCAGAAACAUUGGAAAGAAGUUGCGGAUAUUGUGAGCAGUAGAGAAGAUUAUACCAAAUCAGCGAAAACUGAUAUUCAGUGCAAGAAUCGGAUUGAUACCGUUAAGAAAAAGUAUAAGCUUGAGAAAGCUAAGAUUGCUGCUGGUGCUGGCCCUAGUAAAUGGCCCUUUUUCCAACGCUUGGAUCAAUUAAUUGGCCCGGUUGCUAAAAGUACUAAUGCCAGUAAUAUACCUGUAGGUAUUCCAGUUAACUCCAAUGUAUAUCGGAAGGUACAAUUGAAGAGCAAUAAUGUGAAAGGAGGACAGUUUCGAAAGCGUGGUCAUCAGGUGGAGACGGAGGAGGAGGAGGAUUCUGAAGAAGAGGAAUUUGAAGAUUCUGAUGAUAGCCUUCCACCACCGGAGAAAAAGGCAAAAAGGGUUGUUGUUGUGAAGGAAAAGAAAGGGUGGGGAAAUUCGAUUCGGAUGUUGACACAAGCUAUGCUCAAGUUUGGGGAAGUGUAUGAGCAGGCUGAGAGUGCCAAGUUGCAGCAAGUGGUGGAGAUGGAGAAGGCUAGAAUGAAGUUUGCUAAAGACUUGGAAUUGCAGAGGAUGCAAUUCUUUAUCAAAACCCAGAUGGAGAUUUCACAGUUGAAGCCAUGUACAAGAGGAGCAAAUGGUAGUAAUCAGCAUCAUCACAGUGGUGUUGCCAAUUCUUUGCUCAAUCCAUUGACUCUGUUAUCUGAUUCCUUGACAUUUGGGAAUGCCCUGAAAUUUGAGGAUUUGUUUAAUUCUGGUCUGCUGCAGCUAAGCCCAUUGGUCCUUCCAUAAUGGCAUACAAGUUCUUGUUCCAGCUACCAACGCAUCCAUUAUAAGAGAUUGGCAUACAGGAGUAAUCUCAGUUGCUCUUUAUCUUCCAUUGGUGUGCAAGUGAGAAUUGCCAGUAGCAACUUGCUAAGAAUGGGUUACUGCCCAACAUGGUUACUUGAUCUAUUGGGAUUGAGCUUUUUAAAUUAUGAGUACUACUGUUAGUAUAAGACUCUUUGAGUAAAGUGUACGGUAAACCAUUUUCUAUGA